CUCAGCCCUAGAUAUAUUUACCUCUGAUACUACACCAUCAAUAGCAGAUAGUUCAUCCAUUCCCAGCACUUUCACUAAAGCGAUCUGCGUUCAAAAAUCUUUGGAUCAUGACAAAAAACGAUCUACUGAUGAAGCCGCCUCGGCCAGUGAAGACACUGAUACUUUAUCGGAGCCGAAGGGGUGGGCUGAACGCUUUCGCUGUGCCACUCUUCGGGAUCCAACUAAACUCGUUCGACACUCUGUGGGCAUGGCAGCUCUGGAUAGUUCUGCUCCUGAGACAACAAGUAGCGACAACUCUCCUGCUACUUCUCGCAGACCUAUGCCUCCCCCUCAAACCACUUUAUCACAGUCAACAAAGUCACCUAAAUCCAUCAGAAAACUUAAUUGUGUUGGUUGGUCUCUACCGAACAAAUCGAUCACAUCAGUUUCAUUUGAUAAACCCUUUUCACAAGCAUCUCCUUCCACGACUCCAGUUACCCUGUCAUCAUCCUGCCACAUAGUGCCGACCUCGUCAGAGUCUUGUCUGUUUAUCCAAGACGAUUUUGCUGCUCGUCUAAUUGACGACGAAAAGUCAUCUUCGAAAGGGUUUGUCAACAUUAUUUUAAAUAUUAAUGAUCUAUAUCCAAAUUCUUUGGUAUAA